AUGCAGACCCCAGCUGUCAUGGAGCUCAGGACCAAGACACUCAUCUUCCAGACCAAACACAGACUCGACUUCGCCCCCAUGGGCAUAGAAACUAGGUACCAUUACGACAGGAAUCACAUCUCAUAGCACCACUGGGAACACUGUACCCUCCCAGGGACUUAUAAAGAGGGAACUUGAGAGGACAAUGUUUGUUCCCUGAGAUAUAUUUUUGCUAUGUCAGUGUGUGUGUGUGUGCAUUUCUGUCUGCCUAAUGUGUGUCUGUCCACUCCCCUCCAGAGGUGAAGUGGUGCUGGGUUACUCUGAGGCUCAGGUUACCAGUUCAUCCAUGCUGCUGACAUGAUGUACUGUGCAGACAACCACCUCAAAAGUGAGUUACACUAUAGUUAGUCAUUACACAUACACAUACACACACACCUGAGUCUUAUCUUAUUAAAGCUUAAAUCUGGUAUUUCGCAAGCGAACGUUCACUAUGAUGCAGACUCUGACUCCCUUUUCCCUCUCUCUCCUCUCUCUCCUCCCUCUCUCUCUCCUCUCUCUCCUCCUCCCUCUCUCUCUCUCCUCUCUCUCCUCCUCCCUCUCUCUCUCUCUCUAUCUCUCUCUCUCUCUCUCUCCCUCUCUCCUCCUCUCUAUCUCUCUGUAGUGAUAAAGACAGGAGAGACUGGAUUCACCAUCUUCAGGCUGCUGACAAAGGCAGGUGUGUGGGUGUGGGUUCAAGCCCACACCCACACACCAAUCCAGGCUCUGUCGCAGCCGGCCGCGACCGGGAGACUCAUGGGCGGCGCACAAUUGGCCCAGCGUCGUCCAGGGUAGGGGAGGGAAUGGCCGGCAGGGAUAUAGUUCAGUUGAUAGAGCAUGGCGUUUGCAACGCCAGGGUUGUGGGUUCGAUUCCCACGGGGGGCCAGUAUAAAAAAAUAAAAAAUAAAAAUGUAUUCACUAACUGUAAGUCGCUCUGGAUAAGAGCGUCUGCUAAAUGACUAAAAUGUAAUGUAAAUGUAAGCCAACGCCAGGGUCGUCUUCAAGGCAGGGAGACCCGACUUCAUCAUCGCUCGACAGAAAGCCCUAACGUGAGUCCACUGUUGAUAUUCAUCUUUACUCUCCCCAAACAGUUAUAGUUGUAUCAUUCCAUGGUAUUUAUAUACGCUUACAUACAGUAUGACCUUUGACCUUUGUCACCCAUCUACAGAAACAAGGAGGGCGAGGAGCACCUGCGUCAGCGGAGAAUGCAGCUUCCCUUCAGCUUUGCCACUGGGGAGUCUCUGCUGUUUGAGUCCUGUCCCUCUCUGGAUACUGCCAUUAUACCUCCAGGACCACCCAUCCCCCCAGGCCUCACUCCCCCAGGCUCCAGCCCUGAGGACAAGCCCCUGGACCCUGCCUCUCUCCUGGGGUCCCUACUCAGUCAGGACCGCUCUGUUUGUAAUCAGCCCCAGGACGCUAACCCUAACCUGGACCUACAGGUCUUUUCCCCAGACCUAGACAUAGCAUUCCCCCAGGACCAGCACCCAGGUCUGGAGAGAGCCUUCCUGGACAGCCACGCUCUGCUGAGUGUCCCUGGGGAGCUCCAGGGGCCCCAGAGGCCCAGCAAGGGAGACCCCACAGCCCAGGCCAUGAAGGACUCUCUGGGGGAGAUCCUGGGGGAGAUGGGGGCGGGGGCUUGGAGGGGCUGGAGGUGGAGGAGACAGAGCUGAGGGAGUGGGAGAGCGCCGUCCUCAGGAUCAACAUGGAACAGCAGGAUGUGACGGGAAGCUGGAUGAAAUCUUAGCCAAUGAUGUGUUCUCCUAUGUGGAGGAGGCUCUGAUGAGAGAGAGUGAUGGUGGAUGUGUGAUGGGCAGCUUGGGACAGGCCACUGAGACAAUCAACAGGCUUUCUGCUCACAUCACUAUCAAUCAAAACACACUAGGCGAUCACUCCCAGAGUUCCAUAUUGCCAGGCAACCAGGGGUCAAACACUCACACACACACACCCUCAGGCAGCUGUAUGUUUGACAAGAGGGCUCCAAAUGUCUCCCAUCCCUCCAGCCCCCUUACACCUGCCCCAAACGGAUCACACGGCCCAUACCUGGGCGGCGCACAGGCUGGUCCUCACUACAUGUUCGUCGUCAAACCCACUGGCUCCAGGCCAUCUAUAAAUCACUGCUAGGCAAAUCCCCGCCUUAUCUUAGCUCAUUGGUCACCAUAGCAGCACCCACCCGUAGUCUGCGCUCCAGCAGGUAUAUCUCACUGGUCAUUCCCAAAGCCAACACCUCCUUUGGCCGCCAUUCCUUCCAGUUCUCUGCUGCCAAUGACUGGAACGAAUUGCAAAAAUCUCUGAAGCUGGAGACUCUUAUCUCCCUCAAUAACUUUAAGCAUCAGUUGUCAGAGCACCUUACCGAUCACUGCACCUGUACACAGCCCAUCUGAAAUUAGCCCACCCAACUACCUCAUCCCUAUAUUGUUAUUUAUUUUGCUCUUUUGCACCCCAGUAUCUCUAUUUGCACAUCAUCUCUUGCACAUCUAGCAUUCCAGUGUUAAUACUAUUGUAAUUAUUCUGCACUAUAGCCUAUUUAUUGCCUUACCUCCAUAACUUGCUACAUUUGCACACACUGUAUAUAUAUUUUCUGUUGUAUUUCUGACUUUAUGUUUUUUUUUUACCCCAUAUGUAACUCUGUGUUGUUUUUUAUUGCACUACUUUGCUUUAUCUUGGCCAGGUCGCAGUUGUAAAUGAGAACCUGUUCUCAACUGGCUUACCUGGUUAAAUAAAGGUGAAAUAAAAAAAAAAAAAAAAAAAAAUACCUGCCCCCACUCACUCCAAUGUACCCCAGACCCUCUCCCACUCUUUCCAAUGACUGUAGGACCAGCUCCUCAACCCAGGCCCCCAAAGCCUUUAUGACUUACCCUCAAGCAUCCAUAAUCCCAAUAUCUACCAACUCUUACCCCCAAGUCUCCAUUCUUAACCCAACCUACCCCCCAGCCUCCAUCCCCACCCGCAUCCCCGCCCUAUCCAGAGGGGCUCAGACGGAGAAGGACUCGGCAGCUCUCCCUGCCUGGUCUGGGGCUCCGUACCUGGGCAUGAAGCAGCUCCCAGGCCCCUUUCCCGGCCCCCAGCAG